CCCGUCCUCUGCCCGACGAGCACCAGAGCGAUACCUGUGUCCUUCACAUACUCUAACAUCUUAACACAGAAUCAUAAGCGCUUCGGGCAGCUGACCCCAAAGCCUUCUGUACACUCGCACGGCGCAAGCGCUCAGGCCUGCCUAUCCCCGACAAUCAACUCGAACAGCCUGCUCUCUCUGGACCCUGGGACCGCCUGCUUAUCUGAACCCCCUCUCAUCUGAGCUAUCACUAUUAACUGCCAUAUCUCUCUUUCAAUCUUCCUUGAUUAAUAUCGAACCGCAGAACCGAAAUCCAGAAGAAGAACAGACGGUGAACCAGCUAGCUGUUAGUUACUGACCGACACACCCGUGAAUGUCCACCUCCGCCGCGCCAGCGCCCACCCAACACUCCGCGAACCCGGUCGUCGACGGCGAGGUCGUCUGCUUCCACGGCGAGCGCGCCCGCAGGCUCGUGUCGCAUACGGCUGCGAACCCCGAUAGGGUAUUCUACAGGUGCGCCAGGGACGGCUCGGCUCAGUGCAAGUUCUGGGUGUGGAGAGACGGUCUGCCUGCGCCGCCGGGGACUCUGAAGGACGAACAAGAACAAGGGCAACAGAAUCUUCCUGCGUCUCAGCCACAGGCACAAGCGCCUUCACCCCCACCCCGAUAUCCAGUUCCAGCUCCAGCUCAGCCUGAGAGUCCGCGCUUCACUCCAGCCUCUCAUCAUCCCCAAGCGCCAGCGCCGGCUACCCGUGCGGCAGCAUCCAGCUCUGCGACCUAUCAAAACCACACCUAUCCUCCCCAGCCACAGCCACCCUCCCGCACGCGCGCCCCGCCCCCUAUCACCACCCGCACAGACACAGCACCAACACAGGACGAUCCCUACACAGAACCAGACACAGACACAGACAUGAACAACAACACCAACAUGCACCCUCCGCCCGUGCCGACGCAGCCCAGCUCGCCCGUCCGACCACCACGUGCCCAGGGCGCAGGCCAGACCCAGGACGAGAGCCAGGAAACGGCAGUGAGCUCGAACGCGAACUCGUUCUUCGGGCUGCCAGAGACGCCUGCGCAGAGCGAGGUGGAUCUGCCGCUGCACGAGGCGCAGGCGGUGCCGCCGCCGCCGACGCAAAGUCAGGGUCUGGGUCAGGCAUCGGGGUCGGGGCCGGGAUCCGGGCCGGAAUUGCAGCAGGUUCCGCCGCCGCCUGCGCCUGUUGGAGGGAAUCCGCUUCCCGCUAACGCGAGCACCACCUCCGCGAGCACCAUCGUGCCCUUCCCGCGCCCCAGCAACGCAGCGCCCGUGACGCCCGUCGCGCAGCGCACGCUUGCGCGCUCCGGGAAUGGUCAUCUCAGUCUCAGCCAGACGCCGAGCAAGCGGACGCCCGAGGGGCGUGCUGCGCGGUUGGCCCUGCUGCAGAAGGCCGAGGAGGAGGCGAGGCGGGCUGCUGCUGGGGACGGUUCCGGUGUCGCUGCUGCCGCUGCUGCAAAUACCACGGCUGCCACGGCGGGGGCACAGCCGGGGCCUGCGGCUAGCGUGUUCGGUCAGGCGGGGCUGGGGUUGGGGCAGCAGUCUGCUGACCCCGGUGCCAACACCAAUGCCAAUGCUAGCGCCAGCGUAAAUCCCAACGCCGGCUCAUCAUCACGCUUCAGACCCGCCCAAAUGGUACCCGUGCAGAACGCACCUCAACCUCAGCCAGUAGCCGGCUCCACGAGACCUCCCGCCAACCAAGCCAACCAGCCCAAUCAGCUACCGGAUCCCAGCCCGAUGCGCACAUCGCCGCAGAAGAGACCGCGCUCGCCUCGCCAGACGGACACGAACCACGCCGCAGGCCCAUCUAACGGUCCCGCCGACAACGGUCCCCAGGCUCCACCCCCGCCCUCAACAUCGAACAACGCCAGAACCCGGGGUCUCCUUUUCGGCGACGAGCCCACCAUCUUCGACGAGGCCCCACCAGGGCCGAGUCCGCCCGCGUUCCGGCCGAAGCCCAGAGCGCAGGCGCAGGCGCAGGCGCAGGGAAGACCGGCACCACCCGGACCUCGCCAGACGAACGCAGAGCCGCAUACGCAGAACUCGGACCCGCAUUCUCACUCUCAGACACUCUCACACACGCUCUCGCAGGCGAGCAGCGCGCCCGACCUGGACGCCAUUCUCGGCCCUGCGUCGCCCGAUCCCGAGCGCGAGCGCGAGACUGGCGGUGAUGCCAGGCUCAACAGGGCCAACGCUAACGCCGACCACGAGCUUAACCUUGAUCCCGAGGCGCUGGGGUUCAGCGCGGGCGCGGAGAACGAGCGGGACGAGGCGGAGGCAGAGGUGGAGCUCGUGACGAUGUAUCCGCCGCCGACGCCGCCCGAGCGCGGACAGGGGCGUCGCGGCGCGGGGCUGUAUCCGAGGCUGUCGCAGAUCGAGUCGCCGGGUUACCCGCCUCGUGCCAUGGGGCGAGAGCGUGAGCAGGGGCAGGGGCAGGGGCAAGGAAUGGAGAUGGAGACGGAGCACGAUUUCUUAGCGGGGCACGAGACAUCGUACGAGACCACCGCGGAGGGGUACGAGACCGCGCCGCUGGACAUGGGCGCAGACGCGGACGGGGAGGACUCGCCGCGGCGCCCGCAGCGCUCUCUCGUUGGCUUCUCCAUCCCGGAGAAUGCAUCGACGUUGAACAAGAGCCCGACGAAGCGCCGCAGGCUCGCGAACGGCGGGGACGCACAAGGCGCUGGCGGCGGAGGUGGUGCUGGGCUGAUGACCCCGCCUGAUACGGGGCACCGGUCCAACGGAACUCGGGCUAGAGGCAGAGGCGGGGCCAAUGUCAAUCAAGGCUCGAACGCCAGAGCGGGCCCGAGCAGGCUUCGGGAGCAGCCGCGCGCGGAGGGGAGCGAGGACGAGGAGAUAGACCAGGGCUGGCCGAUGGACGUGGUCGAGAGCCCGAGUGCGGCGCGGGGGGCGAAGCAUAUGGCGUCUGGUGCGAGAAACAAGGGGAAGGGCAAGGAGCGGGAAAGAGAGAAGCAAAGCGCCAGGAGGACGAACGCGAACAUCAUGGAGCGCGAGAUGAGCGCCGACCCGGGGUGGGAUGGGUAUACCGAGGAGCAGAGCAGUGGCAAGAUCGCAGCCCCCCUCUUCCACCCGUCGCCCACGCCUGAUCCCUCCGCUCUUUCCAAUGCUCCACCUGACUCAUCCAGUCCGGGCCCCGAAGACCCAGGCGCACACAUCCUCGCCGCCCUGCGCACCCUACAGGCGCUCGACGCAUCCGGGUACCUCGAGAAUCUCGAGCGCAUGCUGCGCGCCACCCAAUCGAGCGUGAACGCGCGCACGGCGUGCAACAGCGCGCUCACAGGCGAGAACGCGGACCUGCGCUCAGCCGUCUCGGACCUCGAGGCGCGCGUCGCGCAGCUGACGCGGGAGGUCGACGGCCUGCGGCGUGUGGCUGCCGCCGCGACCCGGAGGCCCGUCGACGGGGGCGCGAUGAUGGAUGGCGUCGGAGAGAGCCGACCCCAGGGCGCGACGAUGCAGAUGCGCGAUAUGGAGCGCGGCAGGGAGGAGAUUAUGCUGCUGCAGGAGAGGAUCGCGAACCUGGAGAGACGGUUUGAAGCUUGAGGCUUGAAGCGACCAGGGCGACGAGGUGUCCGGCGACGAGCGGUGUACGAUACUGAUGCGGACUGCAGAGGAACUCGCAAGGCGCGGUCGUCGAUUGCUCGAUGUAAAUGGAGACCGAAGACUCAUUUAAUGAAAGCUAUGGUGCUCACGAACAUCGGACUGAGAAGGUUUACGGGCCAUGAUAGCUGAUAUCAAACUUCGCGAGCCUAGGACUCGGAUCAGACCUACCUUCUCUCCAUCCUUUCCACAUGCUUCAAGUUCAAAGUUCAUCUCCGUCACAGAUACUAUGAAUGUUCUCGGUCCCCAUCUAUCCUUAAGCUUGUUUUCUACUAGUCAGCAGACUCUAACCUCUUCCCGAAUCUGACCACAGUCUCACAGUGGGCGGCGUCGUUAAAAUACAUCCACGGAGAUGGACAAGGUGUUCCCACCGAGAAGAUGAACUCGAUUCACAAUAACAUGGUGCCGUGCUCUGACAAUCACAUCUUUCUCCUUCCUCUCCCACCAUUUCCCUCUAAGUGCAAGUUGUUUCGUCCUCCUUGUCCUGUCGUCUCAAAUUUCACGCGCACGUCCGACUCUCCCGUUCCUGAAAUUUUUAUUUGAAAGGCCCAGAUGAUAGCCCCAGCGGGCCAAGAACCUUCCACUGUUCAACCAAGAUCCAAUCCAGAUGAUGGUGGCAACGCCAUAGUGCCAGUUUGCCAGCACGGAGAACCAGCCUAUAGGACUGUAAACAAGUCUGGAAGGGCGUUUUACGUCUGUCCACGCGUUCAACCUGGGAACUACUCGAGACAGUGUAAAUUUCUGGUUAGGGCAGACGAGCUCACUCGGCAAGAUUUCACCGGAGUCACCACUAACGCCAAAAUGGACUCGGAAUUGCAGGCAUCGGCUACCCCCUCGUCGAAUGUUCAAACUCUAGCUCAAACUCGGGUUCAAACCCGAGCUCAGACUCAGGCUCAGGCUCAGGCUAAUGCUCAAUCUCACCCGGAUCCGCAGACUCAGACGCAUCCCCACUCUCCCCCUCCCCCUCAAACUCAGUCCAACUCUCGGCCGCCUGCUCCGGCCUCUUCG